CUCAUGCCGUAGUGGUUCUAAUACCACAGCAGGUCCUUGCUACCCAAGGAAAUCCCGGAGAUCCGCCUGUCGCACGCACUGGAUCCGCGAAGGUCGCGAGGACCCGGAAGUCUCCGGUAACGUGUCACGGCCUGAAAAACUGUCGCGAACGUGCGCGUUACAGUGCUUCGAUCGCGGCCACGGACAUUAAUUGUAUACUAUAUUUAGAGGAAUCGGCUCUGUGGGUCGUGGAGCUCGCAGUGACAUCAGAUAGGAGGCUGCGCGAGGAAUCUUUGGGAAGAUUUUUGUUAUCGUCGAAAAUCACCAAGCUUUUUCAUCGACCGGCUUCGCAAUAAGUGAAGAAUUGAUUGUAUUGAUGAUAAUUGGUGAAGUUGACUAUUUGCUAUUGUUGAUCAUGGACGUAUGAUUGAAGUAUUGUACUAUUAUUUGUGAUAUCGCUCGAGUUUGCUCAGAAAGGUCAUCGAAAAAACCGUGAAAACGUCGUGAGAAGCUGGCCGACGGCAAGCGAAAUUCUGUCAGACGGCUACCUGACAGGCAACGCAACUCUCGACGCAGUAAAAAUUAAAUGAAACAUGUGAAACGCCAUCGCUGACAUUUUGGAUCGCGAGAUUGACCUGCAGAUUCUACGAGGAAAGCAUCCAAAAAUCAGGAACAUGUGAAUAAUAGACGUUGACAAAGACAGUAAAUAAUCUCGAAGUGUCUUGAAGAUUCCCAUUUUUCUUUAAGAUUAAGUUCUUUUCAAAGCUCGACGAUUGAGAUGAAUUUGAUCGAGAAGAUCUAGGAUGGCAGAUGUAAAAUUCCGUUCGAAGCAGCGAGAUCUCAAUGUUUACAAACCUCUCAACGAUCAUCACAAACUAGUGACUUAUAGACUGUAAUGAUCCAUGGACUGUAUCAUUGUUCAAUAGUGCUUGCUCGUGCUUCAGAAGGCCUAGAAUGGAAGAUGUAAACGCGCGUUGAGACCAGAAACCUUCCAGACACCAGAGAGCUUCCUAAUCCCUCGCAUUCCUGAUCAAUUUCUGAUGAUUCCGGCGCGCCAGUGAUCGGGAGCGAUCUCUUCCUCUCCUAGUGAUCGGGGCCGACUGAUCGUCGACGAUUGAUGCGAACAUACUGAUCGCUCUCUCUCGAAGGAGAGACAACAACCGGCGAGUUGGUACCGAAGAUGGUCCUGGAGCCUGGAGGCGGUCUGUCCUUUCCGUUGCCGCCCGGCAGCGGCUCCAGCGCUUCCGGUGGAUCCUUGCUGGCCCCAACCAGACUCUUCCAACGUACGACGCCGGUGUUCCCGUUCCAUUUGGCAGGAUGGCCCCCUCAUCAUCCGGUUCUGGGACAGGUGCAGAGCCAGGUACAGCAGAGCAUGCAGGCCCAGCAUCAGGCCGCUGCCGCGGCGGUCAGAUUCCUCAGCCAUCAUCACCCGCAUCAUCCGCAUCCGACGUUGAGCAAUCAUUCGUUGGUGCCGGCGAUCACCGGGCAUCAUCCCGCUGUACAUCAUCUGCAUCAUGCCGCUGAUCACGGAGAGGAAGAGGACGAGAAGAAAGGUUGCGACGGGGAGUCGGACGAGGGCGGGAACAAGAGGCGAAGAAGCAGGACUAACUUCAACAGUUGGCAGUUGGAAGAAUUGGAGCGGGCCUUCCUGUCGAGUCAUUAUCCCGACGUCUUUAUGCGAGAAGCUCUGGCUGUGAGACUCGAAUUAAAGGAGAGCCGCGUGGCGGUGUGGUUCCAAAACCGAAGGGCAAAAUGGCGGAAGAAGGAGCACACGAAAAAGGGCCCAGGAAGGCCGGCGCAUAAUGCUCAUCCUCAGAGUUGUAGCGGCGAGCCUAUUCCACCGGAAGAGCUGAGACGGAAGGAGCGCGAGAGGCGACAGAAAAAGUUGCUGAAGGCUCUCGAGAGACAACAGCGGAAGCUCGCUGCUAAAGGCAUAACGGUGGACCUGUCGACGCUGCGCGCCGAGUGGGAAUCUCGUAGCGAGGCAGCGUCGGGUCGCGGCACCGCGAGUGGUCCCCUGAGCAGUUCGUUCGGCCAGUUGGGCCUGAACAGCGAGAGCAGCAUCUCCGCGUCCGGCAACGACGCGAACGAGGAGAUCGACGUGGUCGGCGGAUUGGAUUCCUGCAGCGAGAGCGGAAGCGAGCGAGUCGACUCCGCGGCCGACGGUUCCGUGGACGGCGAGUGCUAUCCGACGCUCAACAGUAACGCGAGCGAGAUCGCGGAACCGCGAAAGAAUCCGCAGAACCCGCCGAUGGAGCACUUGAACCACCAACCCGGUAUCCAUCAUUGGGGCUUGAGCCUUCUGGAGCGACGGCGCGAGCUGGUGGGCGUCGUCGGAACGGGCCGCCAACACUCGGUCGGCACCGGCACCAGGAACAACCUGAUCAGGCAGGCCGCCAACGAGGAGGAGGUCCAGAGCGGCAGCAUUGAUCUCUCGGUGAAAGGCAGGGAGGAGAGAAAGAGGCUGAAUCCGUUCUCCAUCGACAGCCUGUUGGGGAACAACAACCGGACUUCGAGCGCGGCGUCGGAGCGUAGGCCUCUGACGCCGACGUCGCCGACGUCGCCCGUUUCCUCGGCCUGUACAUCGCCCUCCACGACGUAGUGAACAGGACGGUUGGAUAGGAACGCACGCCGAGAGGUGAGCCGGAUUAUAUGGAGCGAGUGAGAGAACGGUGAAGUGCAGUUUCAUCGGAUGAAGUUUCGCGUGGGCGAAAAAAAAAGUGGAACUUGUUCUCCUCGUCGAGAUAAUUGCGCGAGAGGACUAAUCGUGAUAAGGGUUGAACCGGGCAAAGUAAUAUUCCCCGUUCACGUUUUUAUCAGAAUGUUUUCGCUUCGAUCGAAAUCUCGAAAUAGAUUCAUCAUAUGCAUAUUCUCGCGUAUAGACAAUUCUCACGUUCCUCGUCGCGUGAAUGCGUCUAGAUGCUCGAUGUCCCAAGAUUUAUUCGAGUUUGAAGGAAAUUAAAGGGCAUGUGCGGAAAAAAAAUCUAUGGAUAGAGCGCCAAUUUUAGAGAAAUCCGAAAAUAUAGUCGCGAUUUUUCUUUCACUGCGGAGGAGGGAUUCGAGGAUCUAAAGAUCGCAUCUCAUCGGCGUGGAUCGGCAAGACUUAUAUCACUUUGACAUAUCGAAUGCAUGCGUGACCGUCGUAGAUCGAGUGCGUUUGAUUUCGUCCAUUGUGUUUCGUUUAAAAAAAAGAAUGAAAAAAUGUGCAAUAAACGCGGACGAGCUCGCCGACUAGGCGGGUUAUCUGUCUUUGAGGUAAGAGAGAGAGAGAGAGAGAGAGAGAGAGAGAAAGAAAGAGUAUGAGUGCGUACGCGUGUAUUUAAUGUAAAUAGCGGGAGGGAAGUGUCUGUUUUAUUUAAUUUAAAUAGUCGAUACCCCAGUGUUCGUCGAUCGCGGAUAUUAUUUAAAGCAAUAGGGCAGGGGUUCUCAACUCUUUACUUAUUUACGAUUUUAUUGAUGUGACUUUAAUUUCUCUCUAGGGCAAAUAGAAUAAACUAGGCGAAAUGAAUGAAAUUUUCCAACAAUUUAUUUGAAGUAAUAAAACACAUGCAUACCCCUUGCGAUAUAAAUCAAUUUGAGAUACACAGGAAUGAAGGUAAAAGUUGAAGAACCUCUGCGGUAGAAAUUUGCCUGGCAUUGUAUAUAGAUUAAAAAAAAGAUCCUAGAGGCGGGCGUGAUUACAGCGCGGUACAAAGAAUUUUUGCUCCCGCGACCCCCCUAAGACAAGGUCGUCAGUUUAUAGUUAGAGGUGAUGAGAGAGAGAGAGAGAGAGAGAGAGAGAGAGAGUUGCCAUACGAGAUGAUUCGGGAUAUGCGAAAAAACCAGUACCUAUCAUAUAUCCAUUAAAAAUAUAUUAAUUUAUUCUCCAGACCA